CCCCAUUCGAUGCCGAAAAAAAAGUGAAUCAAAACAAAAACAAUGAAAAUUAUUUUUUCUUACAUUCUUUUAAUAUUACUCAUAAGUUGUGUAUCCUCAACUCUAAAUCCUUCAAAAAAUAAAAAAGGAAAGACAAAAUCAUCGAAGCAGGAAGCGAAUUUCAAAGUUAAUAAAGGCCCACAAGAACAGUCAGUGUAUGAAAGAAAUUUGGUUAAUAAUGAACCAUUAGCUUCCGAUAUAAUCUCAGAAGCUCACACUUAUUACAAAGAUACAAGUUUGAAGAAUUUCAAUGGAACUGUGCUUGGCUAUGUAACACCAUGGAAUUCGCACGGUUACGAUGUUGCAAAGAUUUUUGGCCCAAAGUUGAACAUCAUAUCUCCUGUAUGGCUUCAAAUUAUGCGUAUAAGUGAUCAAAAAUAUGAAAUCACUGGCACUCAUGAUAUCGAUAAAGGAUGGAUGAAAGAAGUUCGUGAGAAAGGAAAAAUAACAAAGUUUUUUCCUCGCAUUCUUUUUGAACAUUUUACUGAUAAGGAUUAUUCUAAAUUGUUGACUUACCAUGAAGAAAUCAAUGCGGCUGUUCAAGCAAUAAUAACAACAUGCAAGAAAUAUAAUUUCGAUGGUGUCGUUUUAGAACUUUGGAGUCAACUAGCUCAACGUGUUGAUGAUCAUCACUUAAUCAAUCUAGUCAAAUCAAUUGGAUCACAAUUGAAAACAGUGAACAUUGGUUGCAUUCUUGUCAUUCCACCAUCACAACGUGGACCCGAUAUUUUCAAUGAAGAUCAUUUUGAUCAACUUUGGGAAGAUGUGACUGCGUUUUCCUUAAUGACCUACGAUUUUUCUUCAUACCAAAGACCUGGAGCAAAUGCUCCAUUAUAUUGGAUGAAACGGGUAGUUGAACACAUUACACACAGUACUGAGAAACUACAAGAGAAGAGAGCGAAGAUUCUUUUGGGCCUGAACUUCUACGGCUAUGAUUUCACUCCAGAAGGUGGUGAAGCUGUUGUAGCUGAAACAUAUCUUUCACUUUUAAAACACGUUAAAGGACGUCUCAAGUUCGAUGAAAAGGAUCAUGAAAACUAUUUUGAAGUGAAAACAUCAACUGGAAAACAUUUAGUAUUCUAUCCAACAUUAUACUCCAUCCAACAAAGAAUUGAUUUAGCUCAUAUGAAUAGAUUCUCAACGAAAAAUCCGUACAGUUUUACUCAUCAAACAUUCAUAUCUUAUCCAAAUUUUGAGCCGAAGAAAAUCUGGAGCAUUUUAAGGCAUGGAACAAGAUUGCCAAGUAAAAAGGUCAUAUCAAAAUACCAAAGUCUCGUUCAUAUCAGAGAUGAAUUGCUGGAAAAUUCAACUUUGCUGUCUGAUCAACAGAGACAUGCUUUUAAAAACUGGAAACCAAUGGAUAUACAACUGGAACAUCAAAAGUUUAUAACUAAAGAAGGAGAACAAGAACAUCUUCUACUUGGAACAAGAUUUCGUAAAAGAUUUCCGACAUUCUUUAAAAGUAUGCCAUCAUUGACAUUCAAGCAUACGCCAACGCAACGAACGCAAAAAUCAGCAGAAAAAUUCAUCCAAGGUUUGUUCCCAGCAAAUGGUUCAAAUAUCAAACCCAUUGUUGUUGAUCGUGACGAUCCUGUACUCAGACCUUACAAAGGUUGUUCUUUAUGGAGAAAAACUGUGAAAAAAAAUAAAGACGUUUCAUUAAAGGAAAAACGAAACUUCCAAUCAAGUGAACUCGUUGAUAAUGUCGUGAACGAAUUUAGAAGCUUUACACAAAUCGAUCAUUUAACAAUUGACGAUAUUGAACUUAUCUAUACAAUGUGUGGAUUUGAAAGCUCCUGGAAUUACAAAUUGUUCAAUGGGAGAUCUGUUUGGUGCUCAUUAUUUACAAACGAAAAUCACUUUAAAAUUAUGGAGUUUCUUGAAGAUCUCGAAUAUUAUUGGAUUGAUGGAUAUGGAUAUGAAAUAACCAAAAACGUAGCAUGCAAAACUGUUAAUGAUAUUUUCAUUAACCUUGAUCCAUCAAUCGAUGAGAAGAAAGCAACAUUUUACUUCACACAUUCUGGAACAAUUUUAAAGCUUUUAACUUCUCUCGGUCUUUACAAAGACGAUUAUGAUUUAACAGCCGAAAACUUUCAUGACGAUCGUCAAUGGAAAACAUCAAUAAUCGACUCAUUUUCUAGCAAUAUUGUUGUGAUACUUUACGAAUCAAAACAGGGCCCAUACGUUCAACUACUUCAUCAAGAACAAAUAGUAAACCUACCAAAGUGCCAUAUGAAUCAAUACGGAAUGUGUCCGUAUGAAGUGUUCGAAGAACUUUACAAUAACAAAGCUAAACACUGCAAUCUCUCAGAGUUAUGUCACGUAAAAGACGAACUUUAAUAAAACUUAUAAAUUAUUUCACAAUGA